CGACGAGGAUGAAGAGCAGUCUCCCCAUUUUGCAUUGACAGCGUGCGCCAGACCACAGCUGUCCCUGCGCAAGGGCAGAGCAGCUGGAAAAAGGUCUUUCCGACUGGCAGGACUGAAAGAGCGGGCAGGGUAAGGAAGGCAUGAAGUGACGAAAAAAGGGAAUGGAUGAAAAAAGGUAGAGACAGAGAGACACGGAAGGAGAGGUAGAGAAGAGGUAGAGGUGGAACAGAGCGAAGUCGGGGCACAUGCCGGCCUCACCCGCGCGACAUCUCAGGCAGUCCCCAGACUUCGCUGCCCUGCGCUCGCACUGGCACUGGCAGCUGCUCCUGCCCGGGUGCUGAUCUGGCAUCCCGUCGCUCCUGACGAGGGGAGACGAUCGGGGGGUGCCGAAGGUGUCUCCAGCCUUGCGCACCACUUAGGUGUCUCCAGCCUUGCGCGCCACUUUGCACCGCCUCGGGCCCUCCGGGCCUCUUGGAGAGGGGGCUCUCGAGGCCGUGGGGGCCUCCCCGAAAAGCAUGGGGACUCCUCGGGCCAGGGACACCUCUGGCUACACCCGAGACGAGCUGGCAGCAGCCUCGCAGCUCGCGGGCACGGCCGCGGCCCGCUGGGAAAAAAAAGUGUCGAGCUGCGGCCCUCGCCGGCAGGAGCGCCCUCUGCACCGCGAGCUGGGCGCGGCGGGAGAGGCCUGCCGACAGCUGCCUGCGGGCUGGGUGCGCUGGGUGAGGGCCCUGAGCCGAGACCUCCCCGAUGUGCGGAGCCGGCAGCUCCAGUCUGUGCGUGCAGGCUUCGCGUGUAAGACGCGAUGCAGGCAGGGAGCGGAACAGAUCGCAGACAUCACAGGCACGCGACGGCAAUCGCGUCCAGCAGCCGCAGCCUCAGCCGCGCCAGAGGAGGCCCCCACACCCCGCGCUCCCUGCCCAGCCCUCUGCGCUCAUCGCCGGCGACUACAAGACGCCUGAUACAACAAUCGAAAAAGCAAAAAACUGCAUGAGCAUCAUCCUGUUGGUUGGGAAUUAGCUCUCGGAGGUCCGCGCGGAUUUCUUGGAGCCGGAGUCCCCCCUUCCCGGCGCGCGGCGCGCGCCCCCGAGGCGCCGCCAGGGUGCUCAGCGCCGAGCCAAAGAUCUAUGCCUCCGAAAACGUAUGCUAGAGCCGUUCUGCCCCCUCCUCAGGACACGCCCGGCACGAGCAGCGGCACCUACUUGAUGCGGUGAUACGACAGGCUGGCCGACUCCAGCCAGGUCAAGUACAGCAACAUCAGCACGAGGAGGGCCGCGCCCCCAGCGUACAGCCAGGCCCGGGGCGUCUCGCGGCCCUUCGACUCCUUCCCCAUAAGGCUCUGCAGCUCUGCCAGCCUCCCUAUGGCGUGCACCUUCUCCCUCUGCUGCUCCGUCGACGCCUUCCCCUCCACCGUGCUCUUGGUGGCAUCGUACGCUCCGGCCUGCUUGAUGGCAGGGAUGCACUCCGACCAUAUCUUGAGAACCUCAUCGAAUCCGCGGCCGUCGAUCGCCUUGUUAAAAGCACUGAGGCCCUUCUGCAGAUCGCCGUUGAAGCAGUAAAUCUGGCAGCUGAGCAUGUGGAAGUCAGCAGGGCCUUCCCCCGACUCGGACUCUUCGGUGUCGUUCAGCACCGCGAGCGCCUGCUUGUACUUUUUCUCCCAGACCGACACCUG